AUUUUGAAUGGAUUGUCAUGUUAUUCAGAGUGUGUGGUUGUAUGCGAUGUGGGCUAGCUAUCCUGGACAAAACUAAAACGUCACUGAGUCAUUGCUAAAUUUGUCGUCUAGUUUAGGUACCUCCAAAAUUUGAUUAAGGUGGAGUUGGUCUUGUGGAUUGCUAACGUUAUUGGAAGCGGUCUCAUUUUGAGGUCUUUCGGAUGCCCAUCAGCACGCUCGAGUGAAUGGUGGCAUGUCACCUGACCUCAAUACCUCACCAAUCAGAAACAGAGCAACCAGGAAGUAGACAACCAGCUGGGCAUACAUGAAACACACCAUUACAUCAACUGAGAUGUGUUUGGUGAGGAUUUUUACGCUGGGCGUUGGCCUGGUGCUUUUGAUUCAAAAUGUAAAUUGUUCUGCAACAUGUCAGGAGAAAUAUUUAGAUGGACAAACAGCGGAUACCAAACAUAUAGUUACAGUUGGGGAAAAGAUAACACUCAAAUGUGAUUUGUCUGCGGUCAACGAAAAAACGGAUGUGGUCUACUGGAAGAAUGAUGAAGCCGUGAUGUCCGAGGAUGAUGGUGUAAUUCCAAAAUUUCAGUCUAAAUUCAAUGUAUCUUAUGGGAAGAAUGCGAAAGGGAUACUUCUCUACACAAUCUCAUGGAUAGCAGAGUUAGACGAUGCAGGGAGUUAUAACUGUACAUGCUCAACAGGUGGAAUAAGAUUCAGAGUUUGGAUUAGACGCCCCUGCAAUAAACGAGAAAAUGUCCGCCAAACAAAUACGACGACAUCUCCAGUAGUUCUCAAUUACUUGAAGACAAAUAAAAGCUAUCCUCUUCAAGCAAAUACACCUCUCAAUUUCAAAAUUGGCCUGGACUGCAACUGCACUUGGCCAGAAGUCAACAGGACUUUCCAAGGAAAAUGGUAUGGAACCAGUACAGAUGACCCUGGCUCAAGCGACCCUUUGCCAAGCCUAUCUGUAAAUGGAACUCAAGAUUCUACCAAGACGCCUAUUGGAUGCUACACUGGCAAAGGAAGCGUGACGUAUCGGUACAGAAAUGUCUUCGGAUCUUUUGCCAAUGUAGAAUUCAAGUGCCCGACUGCGGAGAUAGACAAAACAUACAAUUUUUACAUCGAUGAGGUGGAGGAGAAAAAGCCGGAGGAGUUCACCACAAUUAUGAGCAUCUCCUGCAAAGCGGUAGACGGUAAUAAAGGCACUGGAAAAAAUGGCACUGGAAAAAAAGGCACUGCAAAAAAUGGUACAGAAAAAAAGGCACCAGCCAGUUAUUGUGAAAAUUAUGAAUUACAUUUUGUCCUAAUCGGGGCCGGCAUCUUCGUUUUCAUCUACCUUGUGUUCGCUAUAGCCAUGGGAUGUCUGAAACAAAAAGAUGCCAAGAAGCAAAUAAACACGAAAUGUAUCUUCAUAACUUUGCUUAUAGUGGGGAUCAUAGCGGUUCUUGGUGUAGCUCUUGGCCUGGGAGGCAUUUGCACCAAAGGCUUCACCCGCGAAGCACUGCCCCCUCCAGUGGGUACUUUGGUCGGCAUUAUUAUAGUCAUUAUUUUGGCUAUUGUGGCCAUCAUUGUCAGCAUUCUAUUCCUAUGUUGGUUAAAAAAGACAAAAGCACCAAAAGGAAAUCAUAUGGUUAAGGAGCAAGAAAACCCAAGUUUUAGUAACAUCCCUGAAAUGACUGACUCAAGAACACCUCCACCAGAUGAAGGACAGGCAACUGCUCCAACCAACACCAAACUCGCUCAUCCGAACAUCCAGAAGGAUUAUGAAAACGUUCCGCCACAUCAACGUAAAAAAGAAACUGAAUAUGACAAUAUCCUUCCUGGAGCACAACACCGGAAUGCGAAGAUUUGUACGAUUUGCUGUAAGAAUCCUGUACAAGUUUAUUUCAAACCCUGCAAACACGUGGCUGUUUGCAAUUCUUGCGCCAAGAGCAUGCAAGAUAAAGCUGAAAACACACAAGCAAACUGCCCAGUGUGUAGGAUACCAGUGACAGACUUCCAGACACUCUGCAUGGUGUGUUUGGAAAAUCCAAUCCUUGGGUACCUCACACCCUGUCUCCAUGAAGUAGUUUGUAAAUCAUGCGCCACUGAAUUGAUGAAGAAAUCUGUUGCGUUCUGCCCUUACUGCAACAAAGAGGUCUUUGAUUACAAUCUGUAAUUAUUUCAUACAAAAUUUAGCAAUCAUAUUUUUUCAUUGCAAAAUGAAUGACACACCAAAUCUACUUUGGAGCCUCAUCCUUUGAAAGGUGUAAAACCAAGUGUCCUAGUCUUGGUUGCGAUGCCAGAGCGAGAAGGACAUUAUUCAAAUGAAGAAAUUAUGUAGCUUGUGUCUAAACGACCGUCCAUAAAGUACGUGUACACUAAAACCUGGAUUGCCGGGCUAUUUUAACCCGGCAAUGAUUAGAGGGUCAGACCCAUCUUUUGCCCAGGAUCAAAAUUUUGCCCGGCUUUGGGCAUGGUGUGGACAAAAAAAGCUGGGUUAUAACGUUUACUGGGCCCAGCUACAGAUGGCGCUUGUAGGAACUCUCCUCAUUAUACCGGUAUACUCUGUCAUCACAGACAAUUUUUACAUUGUAUUUUCGGUUGCAAUAUAGUUUAGAUCUCGCACUUGCACAAGUUUAUUUCACUCCUCAUAUCUAUUUUGUAUCCGAGUACAUGAUUUACGGUAGAAUAAACUUAUUUGAAUCUUGAAUCUUUGCGGAGAUUAGAAUCACACAUAUUAUGUAAACACAAACCAAGGUGUCAGUGUCACUUUUUCAUCAUUUUCGAUUUGCUAUCGCCAUACGAUGGCAAUUUAUCUAUCGCUGAUUGUAUUGUAUUGUGGUCAACAGUAUCAUAAAAUCGCUUCUGAAUGAAGAUGAGGUAUGAUAAAAUACCUUUACUAUUCAUCAUGUUCAUGAAAAUGAAUCUCUGUAUAUGAACUGUCAAUAUUUUACGAUAUAGUUAUUAGUUAAAUUUUCUUUAUUACCCAAGAGCCAAACCUUUACUAUUCAUCAUGUUCAUGAAAAUGAAUCUCUGUAUAUGAACUGUCAAUAUUUUAUGAUGUAGAGUUAUUAAUUAAAUUUACUUUAUUACCCAAGAGCCAAACCUGAUAUAUUGAGAUUAAUAUAUUGUUUUAUACAGUCCUAGUCACAAUUAACACACCCUGUUUUGCGCAGGCUGCGUAGAACCUGCACUUUAGUGCCGCCAGCUGCUUACACUCUGGUUAUGUGCACAUCACUUUCCUUAUGUUAGGGCGUAAAAUUCCGCAAUCCAACUUGGCAGAAGGUGCAUGCAAGUUGCGCACAGCUCAUGCAAAGGUCACCUCGAUGUGGUCGGAGCUUUCAUGAAACCUAUGCUCAGGUUGUGUGGAAGGUGCUAAACCCCCGAAACCAAGGAAGACAAGGGUCACAUUCUAAAAGCAAAAGGAAAAAAAGCGACAUGUAGGCAAACACAACAUACAGCAAUCCAACAUUUGGGAAAUGGUGCAGGUAAGUUGAGCCAGACAGCUCAUGGAGAAGUCAGCUAGACCUACUCGGAGCAUUCAUGCAACCUACGCUCAGGUUGUGUGUAGGUUGCGGAUACACUGCGCAUUACAUACACAGACUCAGGGAUGUCAAUUGUGAUUGGGACUGUAUUUCUAGUAUUUGUAAAUAUGAAUCUCUGUACAUAAUCUUUGAUGCAAAUGACAUUAUAAAGAUGGCAUUCUGGACAUCAACUUUAUUUCACCGACCCAUGUUGCCCACUUUGUCAACGGCGAAUUAAUGGCAGCAGUAAAGUGGAAUGACCAUAUAUACCAUGUGACUAUAUAUCGUACACAGAAAUAUGUUCACGAAUAAAUAUUGCCAUAAAAAUCAUGAAACAUCGCGAAAAUAAAAAUCUGUUUGGGCAAGCCGUAGAGGAAUCGGUUCAGAAAAGUUGACCACUGUGAAAAUGUUUAUCCGCUAAAAUAUAUCCGUUUAUGGUAAAUAAAGAAAAUAGUAAAUCACAGAUUCUGUGAUUUUUUAUGCAUCCUAGUGUCGUUAAAAUUUUCCAAGUGAUGUGUAAUCCACUUUAUCCAAGAUGUGUUCAAAUGUCUUAUUACUGUUUAGUUAGUUCAUCCAUCAGGCCCUAUGAAUAAAAUGUUUGUUUAUCAUCCGUGCAAGUAUACUUUCUCCCACAUCAAAAAUCUUCUUUCUAUCUAUUCGUUACCAAAUUUGAUCAUCAAAUAGGGGCUCAUACAGAUUCAAGUGGUUUCAUUAUCUAUUUGUUUGCAUUCCUGAUGACGGCUUUGUUCUAUUGACAACAAACAUGUCCAAACAAAGUGAAAAUAGAAAAGUAGCCUUAAACGUUUCCACGAUUGGGAAUGGCCUGUAUGAAUUUCAAAACAGUCACUUGAAAAUAUCCAAUUUUAAAAACAUGCUGCUGUGUAUUGAUUGUGUAGCUAAACUAUGACAAAGAUUUUUUGUGUAUAAAAUAUGAUCAAGAAACUUUGAUGUGCAUUGGUAGUUUUAUGUAUGUAGGCUACAUGUAAAUAUAUGUGGGUUUCAGUGCCAUUCUCUUCUUUAUCUUAGACUUUUUCUAAGUAGCGGUACUAGUUUUGAAUAGAAAAGAUGCACAAUUUGUGAUGAAAUAAAUGUUUUAUUUUUAGAAA